GUUGGAAGUUUCAAGAAGCGAAGAUGGAAACUGAAGUAGCACGUCAGGUCAACUCUGGCAAAAACUGCUAAAGAAAGAAAAAUCCAACUAAUUUGUUUCCAACAAUAAAAUGAAAUUAAUUUGUUUCACAAAUUAUUAACUGGAUAUUAUUCAAAAAUUAUUCAAAAUUCGCUUGAUUGAUUCACGGCCCGAGACACUUGGGUCAUGCCAUUUUGGUAAUGGACGAAAAUGGCAGAAGGAAGAACGACCGUUUUUUUUCAUAUUUCUCUUUCCCCGGGAAACGAAAGAAUGCCCGAGCACCUUGUUUCAUUUCUUCUCGACAUCAAUUUCAAUCUUUUUAAACGAAAUAUAAUCUGAACGAUGAAAAGUUCAUUCAAAUAAUGCUCCGCGCCAGACACUCACGAAAAUUAAGAAGAAACACGGAAAAUUCGCGAAUAAAACGGAUUUCUUUGUCCCAGUGAGAUAAUAAAUCUCGUACACGUAUUGGUUUUUAAAAUCAAUAUAUCCACCAAUGUGCACUCGUUUAACAAGGGUGAUGGAACGUGCCAAAAAUCUCUCAAGAGAGUCUUGGCAACGGAAGAGUCGAAAAUGUCACAAUUAUGAAUGAAAAAUUCGAAUAGUUGCUGAUUUUACAGUCGAAACCGAUAAAGAACUCCAGAUAUUCCCCCAAUUAUUUUACAAUAAAUUCGCGAAAAUGAUCGAUUGCUGACGUCAUUGUAUUCUAGAAAGAUUGUAAAACGAUAAGAAUUUAUUGAAAAAACUUAUAUUCGAUGAUAACACUUCUAAUAAGAGUACUAAGAGGAGCGAUUCUGUACUCACCUUCCUGCCUCGAAGUACCGAACGCAAUUAACCGUCCGCCCAGGAUGGAACCGUUCGGAACUUUUGUAAGUCACUGCACGGCCGCUGCUUAUGGUGGAAAUGUAAUAGAUAUAAGUACAGAGCGCGUGAGCGAACUAAAAACGCGAUAGAGAAGUAGAGAGAGGAUGUUCCGUCCUUGUAUAAUGACGCGCACUUGUACAGGAAAUAUGUAACAGCGGUAUACGAGCAGCGUCAGUGUCCACUAGUGUGCAUGCCUGAUUAAACAAGGACAGGAAGUAUCUAUACAUGGUGUUCUCUUUCUAUUUCCAUGUUGCAUCCAUCUUACUAUACAGUACACACACUCAGCUAUUCUAUCAUUAUAUUUGUGCGUUGCUUAUGUGUGAACCAAACAUUUCCAUGACAACAAAUCGUUUGUCUCUUGUUUGAUGCUCGGUUUUCAACAGAGUUGAAAGAAUUUUUUAAGAGAAACGCAAUGGACGGGUUGUUUUUAAAGUAAUAAACGGAAAUUCUCGUAUCCAUUGAGAAACGAUAGGCGAUUUGAAAGUGUCACUAUGAACGGUGAUUUAUCGAUGCAAGGUAGUAUGAAUAAGAUAUUUUAUAAUCUGCGAAAAAAGGUAAGGAAUAUUCUAGAUUUUAGAUUUUAGAAUUUCCACGUCACAGACGAGUGUGUUUUGUUAUUUGAUUUGUAAUAUUGCUGCAGUUCUCUUAAUAGCUGUUCGUUUCAUGCGAUACUCGCACAUAGUAUCUAUGACUUUUGCUUCUAACAAUUUUUAUAAUUAGGCUGUAUCAAAUAUUUUUAACGUUCGUGUUUCAUGAAAAAUCAUGUGUAACUCGUUGAAUUCGCAAAUGUAACAAAAAAUUACAUGAAAAACCUUAUAUUAUUGUAAUGAAAAAAUAAUUAUAUUAGGAGGAGAGUCGUAUUUCGGAACGUCAUCGGAACAUAUUACACCUUGUAUGUGAUUAUUUGGAACACAAUGGACGUUAGCGAUGUAUUAUUCCGGGAAGCUCGUCUAUCUCCCGAACAUCGGGUUUGCGACAACAUCGAUUUGGAAAUUAUCGUUGCAGAGUAUGAAAAUUAUUACAAGAUGAAAUUUCAAAAAUAUCCCAUAUUGUGUAAGAAAAUAACUGGAAGGGAAAUGACGAGGGAAGUGACAAAUGCAAGCAAAACUGUUUGUAGAAGUAUUGAGACAAAAGCCAAAUCUGUUAGUAAACAAGCGAGAAGUGAGCCUGUGAAAGAGACGAAUCUACAGCAGAAGAUAACUGAUGACAAUACGAAUCAUAUUAAUCUCGCAAUGACAGUGACGUCAAUAUUCCCCAAUGAGAAUGAUGGACGUUCAUCAGAAGAGCUAUUUAACGUCCCAAUGGAACAAUCCAUGCAAUCGAAGAUAUUGAAAUGCGUUGAAAAGCUUUAUUCAGAUAAUCCGGAAUUACGAAAGAUUGCUGAGGACAUCUCAUGCAGAAGACGCCAUUUUAUCUUUGUAUCGUCACAGGAGAUCAUAGUAAACAAAUUAAAUGUACAUUGGGAUGACGUUAUAGGCCUAGAGGAAUGUAAAACCGCUGUUAAGGAGGCCGUUGUGUAUCCCCUUAAGUAUCCUAUCUUUUUUGAUGGCCCGUUUUCCCCCUGGAAAGGUAUUUUGCUGUACGGCCCACCUGGUACAGGGAAAACGAAGUUAGCGAAGGCAGUCGCGACAGAAUGCCAUUGCACCUUUUUUAACAUAACUGCCAGCUCAUUGGUCAGCAAAUGGAGAGGCGAUUCCGAGAAGUAUAUACGUGUAAGUUGCUUUGUCUAUGUUUUAUUUGAACUUGCCUAUAGUCAUUCGCCUACAAUUAUUUUUAUCGACGAGAUUGGCUGGAUCGCCACAAAUAAAGGAGACUGUAUAUUGUCUGAACCUGCAAAGAGAUUCAGAUCAGAACUUCUUUCUAGAUUGGAUGGAUUAGUGUCUAAUGAGAAUUCUAAUGUAGUUCUUCUGGCUACAACUAAUUCCCCUUGGGGCAUUGAUGCAGCUUUACUCAGGCGUCUCGAAAAGCAAAUAUACGUAUCAUUACCCAAUGAAGUUGCUCGACUUGGUAUAUUCAAAUUAUACCUUAGCAACCACUUAUUAGAAAAUACAGAUAUUGUAAACCACAUAGUAAAAUGUACUGAAAGAUAUUCUUGUGCAGAUAUAAAAUUGCUUUGUAAGCAAGCGUGGCUACUAGAAAUAAGCCCGAUAUGGAGGAGACUUGAAAAGAAAGAAACACCUGUUACCACUUUGAAAUAUGAAUUAAAAAGUUAUGAAAUAUUAGCAAAAUUGUUAAAAAAAAUGUCACCUACAGUUAUGCAAAUAGAUAAAUAUGAUACGUGGAACAAAUAAAUACGCAAUCGUAAGGACAGAUAUUGAAAAAUAUAAAUAAAUGGAUUAUCGUUCGAGAAAUCAUUCGUAUGUGUGUGCAUGUGUGUGCGCGCGCGCGCUAUAGGCUAAGUUUAAAAUGUUCGGUUGUAUUAUAUCCUUGUAUUAUAUAUGUCGGAGAUGAAAGGAAAACCGGAGCCUUCCCUUUGCAAUUUUGAGGAAGCCUUCUAAUGCUUUAGCCUAGAUUUUAUCAUAACUGUAAUUAAGCAAUUGUCAUUUGUAAUUGUUUGAUAUUUGUGAAAGCGAAAGUGGGUUCGAGGUGACAACUGGUCGCCGAACGUAGCCACGGUCACGGGAUAAACGUUUUGCCUGACGAAGGUGUGGAUCGGUUGUAUUGUUCUCCCUAGAAAUCACAUAGAAUUGUACUUUAGAGAUGUCGAUAUAAUGGGACACACGUUGUAUUAGGAAUCAAUCUCCAGACAGAAACUGCCUAGUAACGGCGUUUGAAUCUUUCUCGAUGUUUCCAAAGAGUAUACAACAAACUUUUGACAGAAAUUGCCUAGCAACAACGAUUGGAACCUUCUCGAUGUUUCCAGCGAGCAUAUAACAAACAAAUGCAAUCGUAUAGCGAAAAAGAUUUUCAUCAGAUAUUCAUUCGUGUGAUCACCUUGGAAAGUGAUACAUCGAGCAAUUUACCGAGUGUCUCAGCAAUUGUAGUUUGUGUUUAAAAUUAUUCUACACAUAGUAAAGAGUUAUCCUGUUGACCGUGGAUUCGUUUGAACCCCGGAACAUUGUUAAUAGCGUUAAUUAAAUUCAUUAUUCGUGAAACUUAUCAAUCGUUAAUCUCAUUAUACGUUAAAUUCAUUAUUCGUAAGACAUAUUAUUCGUUCCUCUUAUUGUUCGUUAAACUUAUUAAUCUUUAAUCUAAUUAUUAGUUAAACUUAUCGUUUGUUAAUCUUAUUAUUUAUUAAACUCAUUAUUCAUAAUAUUUUGUAAAACCUUGUUUAUUCGCGUAAAUAUAUUCUCUGUUUCGUAAAACAAUGGCUAAUUCAAACGAAGGAUCAUUACGCGCCUUAAAUCCUAAUGAUAACCCGACAUAUAUAUGUGAGUGUAUUUUAUCAAAAAUAUGUUUUUUAUGUUUUCUUAUCUUAGUAAUUAUUUUUAAAAAAGUCUUAAAGUCUUAUAUGAAAAUAAAGCUGUUCUUUAUUUCAAAUAAUUGAAGUAAAUAAAUACAAUGAGUUUUAUAUUUUA